AUGGUGUUUUUAACGUUAUCAAACUUGAUAAGAUGCAGGGGUCCUGAUGAAUUUUGGAGGAAGAGGAAAAUUUUUAGGUUAGCAGCUCAUUUUCUAGGUCGCCGUCGGAAUACUUAUUCAGUAGCUGUUCGAAAUGUUCAUCGCGCGCUAGUAUACUCAACUAAAGCCCGUGCUUUAAAAAAAGAAGAUAUGAAAAAUUUAUGGGAUACGAGAAUUACAGCUGCUUGUGAGCAGCAAAACAUCACCGCAUUUAGUCUCAGAGAAGGUUUAGAGCGUGCCAACAUAUUGCUGGAUCGGAAAUCAUUGUCUGAUUUGGCUUCUUGGGAACCUAAAACUUUUGAAAGCCUGGCUGCAGUUGCAAAACAAAAACUUUGCUUUGAUGAUUUUGUGGACUCUACGGACAAAAAAGAACCCACUGGAAACGAUAUAAAUCUUAAUAGUGUUUGGUUAGAAGGUUUAAAAGAUGGAAAAUAG